AUGUCGAAUAACACGCGAAAGAAAACUUAUAAAAAUACAGCACUCGAUAGUGAAGAAUUACGCAAGCGACGUGAAGAUCUUACUCUUUCACUACGAAAAGAAAAACGAGCAGAACAGCAUUUCAAACGGCGAAAUAUAGCCAGUACAAGCGAACAAGAAACACCAAUUUCAUUUCCUGCUACUACCGAAGCUAUCUCGAACAUAGGACCAAUAGAACCAGUUAUCACUAGUCAGAUGGUAGCUGCAUUGUAUGGCGAUGAUGUACAACAGAUGCUUGAUGCAACUGUUCGUUUUCGAAAGUUACUUUCAAAAGAACCAAAUCCACCUAUUGAUGAAGUGAUUACAGCUGGUAUAGUGCCUCGAUUUGUUCAAUUAUUACUAUUUGAACAUUUUCAAGUUCAAUUCGAAGCCGCAUGGGCGUUGACCAAUAUCGCAUCGGGCAAUUCAAGUCAAACGAAAUAUGUUAUUGAUGCAGGUGCAGUACCGGUCUUUGUUCAAUUAUUAAGCAGUUCGAAUGAAGACGUUCAAGAACAAGCUGUUUGGGCGCUUGGUAACAUUGCUGGCGAUAGUCCCGAUUGUCGUGACUAUGUUCUUAGUACUGAAGUACUUCAACCGCUACUCACUAUCUUUACUCGCCAUACUCGGUUGACAAUGGCACGUAAUGCAGUGUGGUGCUUAUCGAAUCUAUGUCGUGGCAAAAAUCCAGCUGUUGAUUUUAAUAAAGUUGCUCCAGCAUUGCCUGUACUCAGUCAACUACUGCAUAAUUACGAUGCCGAUGUAUUGGCUGAUACUUGCUGGGCUGUUUCAUAUUUAUCUGAUGGGCCCAACGAAAAAAUUCAGGCUGUUAUUAACGUUGUUGACAUCCGACGACUUGUUGAACUUUUAGUACAUCCAGUUUUGAAUGUUCAAUCAUCUGCACUACGUGCCGUAGGUAACAUUGUUACUGGUGAUGAUCAUCAAACACAGGCUGUUCUUGAUGCUGGUGUUCUUCCACAUCUGUUAGCAUUACUUAAUAGUACGAAAGAAUCAAUCAAAAAAGAAGCCUGUUGGACAUUAUCGAACAUAACCGCUGGUGUCCAAGGUCAAAUUCAAGCUGUCAUUGAUGCUAAUAUUUUUUCCUCGUUGAUCAAUAUUCUUAAACACGGCGAUCAUAAAACACGCAAAGAAGCAGCUUGGGCUAUUACAAAUGCAACAUCUGGCGGCUCAGCGCAACAAAUCAAAUAUAUUAUCGAACAAGGAGCUAUUCCGCCAUUGUGUGACUUGUUGAGCGUUAUUGAUGCUAAAAUAAUUCAAGUAGCUCUGAAUGGUCUUGAUAAUAUACUUAAAACGGGCGCAGCUGAAAGUAAACUAAACAACGGUCAAAAUGCAUAUGCUAUGAUGAUUGAAGAAUGUUACGGUUUGGAUAAAAUUGAGUAUCUACAAAGUCAUGAGAACAUUGAAAUCUAUCAAAAAGCUUUUCAUCUUAUUGAAACAUAUUUCGGCGUGGAUGAAGACGAACAUCUUCCGGCGCAAGGAGAAUCUCGCCCAUUUGAAUUCGGCACAUCGACAACUACUGUAACUGCACCAACGAGUCAGCAAGGUCCAUUCAAAUUUUGA